AUGGCCACCACCGCGCAGUACCUGCCGCGGGGCCCCGGCGGCGGAGCCGGGGGCACGGGACCGCUUAUGCAUCCGGAUGCCGCGGCGGCAGCGGCAGCGGCGGCGGCAGCCGAGCGGCUUCACGCGGGGGCCGCGUACCGCGAAGUGCAGAAGCUGAUGCACCACGAGUGGCUGGGCGCGGGCGCGGGCCACCCCGUGGGCCUAGCGCACCCGCAGUGGCUACCCACGGGAGGAGGCGGCGGCGGCGACUGGGCCGGCGGCCCGCACCUGGAACACGGCAAGGCGGGCGGCGGCAGCGCCGGCCGAGCCGACGACGGUGGCGGCGGCGGCGGUUUCCACGCGCGCCUGGUGCACCAGGGGGCGGCCCACGCGGGCGCGGCAUGGGCGCAGGGCGGCACGGCACACCACUUGGGCCCGGCCAUGUCGCCGUCGCCGGCGGCCGGCGGGGGCCACCAGCCCCAACCGCUCGGGCUGUACGCGCAGGCGGCCUACCCGGGGGGCGGCGGCAGCGGCCUGGCCGGAAUGCUGGCGGCGGGCGGCGGCGGCGCGGGGCCGGGCCUGCACCACGCGCUGCACGAGGACGGCCACGAGGCUCAGCUGGAGCCGUCGCCUCCGCCGCACCUGGGCGCCCACGGACACGCACACGGACAUGCACACGCCGGCGGCCUGCAUGCGGCAGCGGCGCACCUGCACCCGGGCGCGGGCGGCGGUGGCUCGUCGGUGGGCGAGCACUCGGACGAGGACGCGCCCAGCUCGGACGACCUGGAGCAGUUUGCCAAGCAGUUCAAGCAGCGGCGCAUCAAGCUGGGCUUCACGCAGGCCGACGUGGGGCUGGCGCUGGGCACGCUGUACGGUAACGUGUUCUCGCAGACCACCAUCUGCCGCUUCGAGGCCCUGCAGCUGAGCUUCAAAAACAUGUGCAAGCUCAAGCCGCUGCUCAACAAGUGGCUGGAGGAGACCGACUCGUCCAGCGGCAGCCCCACCAACCUGGACAAGAUCGCGGCGCAGGGCCGCAAGCGCAAGAAGCGCACGUCCAUCGAGGUGGGGGUCAAAGGCGCGCUCGAGAGCCACUUUCUCAAGUGCCCCAAGCCCUCGGCGCACGAGAUCACAGGCUUGGCCGACAGCCUGCAGCUGGAGAAGGAGGUGGUGCGCGUCUGGUUCUGCAACCGGCGGCAGAAGGAGAAGCGCAUGACCCCGGCGGCCGGCGCCGGCCACCCGCCCAUGGACGACGUGUACGCACCCGGCGAGCUGGGGCCGGGCGGGGGCGGUGCGUCGCCGCCCUCGGCGCCCCCGCCGGCCGCGCUGCACCACCACCACCACACACUGCCCGGCUCCGUGCAGUGA